AUGCUUCAUUCGCCUCUGCUGCAGUGUUCCUGUCGUUUCUGCAUCUGUCGCCACAUUUACAUGCCUUGGAACAGCAAAGAGAUAGUUUAACGCAAGUGCAGCGUCGGUUAACACAGCAUCCGCCUUCUCGGGAGCACCCACAGUAUGCUAACUGUAAACACGCCGAUGACACUUGUUCUAGUGUCAUUAACUUUGGCUUCAGAAGGCCUUCACUGUAGUACCAUCCGCUGUCUUCAGCCUUUGGGAGAGAAGGAUAUGGUUCCAGCGUUUUAUUCCAUACCAUGGUCUAAUAGUUUGCCCGCUUUGUGUGGAGAAUCAGUGCAUCUUUAGUCGGAGGUAGGGCGUCGAGAUCUUUCUUAGAUUUGCGAAACGCUGCUGCUCUUUCUUUGUCGAUUUCCACCUUUUGUGUUCCCGGAUCGUAGAGUUUGCAUACAAAGGCUUCAGCUCCGGCAAGAACGUCAGCACUGAUUUGGCUUUCUUCUCCAAGGUGUUCCAAGAUGUCAGGUGCNCUUUUCGAUUUACAGAUCCAACAAUAAAAACACAAAAAUGCAAUAGGUGAUCAGCUAUGAUGGGUCACGUGAUGUAAUGAAAUCAUUCUAUUUUCAGUCAUUCUAUAGCGUUUCCAACCUAUGUAACAUUUUCCAUGAGUUAUGGUUUUUCAUGUAAAAAAACUGAACUUUCUUCUACUUGGCCGCACGCUUUAAGCCAAAGUAUCUUAUAUUACACAAGACCACCAUGUGACUUCCACCUUAUCAAAGUUAUAGGUCAUGCUUCAUUCGCCUCUGCUGCAGUGUUCCUGUCGUUUCUGCAUCUGUCGCCACAUUUACAUGCCUUGGAACAGCAAAGAGAUAGUUUAACGCAAGUGCAGCGUCGGUUAACACAGCAUCCGCCUUCUCGGGAGCACCCACAGUAUGCUAACUGUAAACACGCCGAUGACACUUGUUCUAGUGUCAUUAACUUUGGCUUCAGAAGGCCUUCACUGUAGUACCAUCCGCUGUCUUCAGCCUUUGGGAGAGAAGGAUAUGGUUCCAGCGUUUUAUUCCAUACCAUGGUCUAAUAGUUUGCCCGCUUUGUGUGGAGAAUCAGUGCAUCUUUAGUCGGAGGUAGGGCGUCGAGAUCUUUCUUAGAUUUGCGAAACGCUGCUGCUCUUUCUUUGUCGAUUUCCACCUUUUGUGUUCCCGGAUCGUAGAGUUUGCAUACAAAGGCUUCAGCUCCGGCAAGAACGUCAGCACUGAUUUGGCUUUCUUCUCCAAGGUGUUCCAAGAUGUCAGGUGCAUCUUCGAAGACUUUCCAUGCCGAAGCCUUGCCCAUACCAUAGAACUGGCUUGUCGUACCACAGCCAGUAAUGGCAUGAAAUGCCAAAGGCGACUUCCUCUUCUCCUCGGAGAGCGGGAUUCUGUGAACUGGUAUGUAACGCCUUUGUCUUGAUGUACACGCAAACAUCCAUAUCUCUUGACAAAGCUGCUCUCGGUGUGCCAAAAGGAGGACAAGAACGUCCGUAUCACGACACAAAAUGUUGA